CACAGUGGAGGAGAGGGCCGGCAGAACGAGCCUGGCAGCGGUGCUCGUUCUGCAAAAAUAAAGUUUGCCUACACUCUUCGUACCGAACUGAAGACUUCACGAAAUCGAUUCGCAAACUGUCGUGUUAUUGAUAUUUUUUACUAUUACCUAUUGGGGGGAAUUAGUAAACGUUGAGACUUUUAGGAGAUAGAUAGGACGUUGGAAAGUGAUCGCUCAACUUUCUACAAGGAAGCGAUUUCAACAGGUCUAGCGAACGGAGCGCGGACGACUCAGAUGCUCAGAACAUGGAGUUGAACAGAGGAGAAGUGCCUCUAUAUGGUCCGGGAGAGCGGCUGCCCGGAGGUUACUCCAGCUUUGGCAGGACUCCCUCAGUGUUGCAGACUAUGCAGUGGAAUUCCGCACGAUAGCAGUGGAGGGUGCCUGGAACCCUGAAGCUCUGUUCGCCACUGAGUAUCGGAGGAAGUAAAGGACGAGCUUGCAGCCCCGGAACUACCGACGGAUCUCGACUCACGGAUCGAUGGACGGCUAUGGGAACGCAGAAGGGAGAAGAGGUUUGAUUGUGGUCCCAAUCACUCAUUCAAGGAUCCCAUCUUGCAUCUGAUGGACUCCAGAAGUCCCCGGUGUCUACGUCCCAGAGAGGAUCUGAGCUUACCCGAGUUCCUCCAAGAGCCUCCGAAGACUGACGAUGUAUCUCUUACCGAGCCGAUGCAGCUCGGUAGGGCGAGGCUGUCUCCAGCCGAACGGGGCCAAUUGGAAGUGUGUGCUCUUCUGCAGGUUCCAGAUCUAGAACCAGAACAGACAGAGUUCUAUGUGGUUUUAGAAGGUUCCAGACUAGCCCAUGUUACUGUAGGGAAGAGAACAGAGGAUGGAAAGUCUCUGUGCUUCACUGUUCCAGGUCAUGACCUUCAGGAGACUGUCUCUGUCACAGCUUAUUGCCACACAGAGGGCAGAGCCAAGCCCUGUGGAGGCGGGGCCUGGCUGGACUACGUCUGUGAUUUGCCACAGGAAGUGGCCGAGUACCUGCUAGCCAAUAGCGACUGUCUGAGUCCCCAGAGCCACCUGGAGGUCCUGAGGAGGGUUUCAGCAGCUCCAGGGGAGGGGAACAAGGAGGGUGACAGGAGUGCUGGCUCAGGAGAGAACUAUCUGGGGAAGACAGACCAGGAGGAUGGGUAUGGGGGUGGGAGACCCAGACCUGAUCCAGAGGUGGAGUGUCGUCUCAGGGAGAUGGAUGAGAGGAUAACCCAGGCCAUGGCCAACCUGGACUACCCUCUGGAGUGGAGCGGCAAGGCCAGCCAACCUAGAGAAGAGCACCAGUCCAGGGACACUCUCCUCCACCUCUCUGUGCGUCUGGGUUUGCUCAGUCUCUCCCGCUUCCUGAUUGGCCAGCCCAGGGGUCAGAGGGCACUGACCCUGCCAAAUGAGGAAGGGGCCACACCCCUCCAGCUGGCUCAGAACGGAGGAGACCACACCCUCUUCAUGGCGCUUACCACCCCCCCUGUCCCUGUCGGGGUGUGCACUGUGUGGGCAGAUAGGACUUGUGUUCUAAGGGUAUGUCCUGGGUCUGGCACCCUUAACCUUACCUUCCUGGGGGGCCCUGAGAGCAGUGUUAUGGACAACAUCCUGGUUCUCAGAGAGAAACUGACUGACCACAAUAUCCUCAGACAGAUCUCAGCACUGAGAGGUGAUGUUCAGAUGGAGGACAGUGGCAGAGCGGAUGUCCAUACAAGUGAUACCAGUGACGGAGGUCUAGGCAGGGGGCUAGCAGAAGACCUUACACUGGUGGUUAGAGUUCUUGAAGAGCAGCUUGUUCUCUCUCUGGAUGAUGAUGAGGAACUUCCAACAUUACAAACAGUGAAGUCCCAGACGGCCCACCCCAGACGAACCCAGAGACAGUUCUCCCACACUGCUGUGGCAGACAAAUCAGCCUCCAUCAUUAAUGGCAGGAGUCAGCUCUCCACAGAGGUGGAUGACCUCAAGGCCAAGGUUAGUGUUGCCGGGAUAAUAAGGGACAGCGCUGUGACUGACAGCAGGGUGUGGGACACAGUGGACUCAGAGGUCCUCCUCCAACAGGCCACCGUCACCCCUCCACCCCUACCUCCCUACGGACUAGAGGAGCAACAGUCCCCCUUUGUCUCUUCUCCCUUGUCCUCCCCUGCUGACCGAGCCCUCGCCCGACUGAACAGCCUUUCCCACUCAUACCUAACCAAUCAGAGAGGGAGCCCACCUCUGGAGUCACCUAACCUCAGCCCCAGUCUGGUAGCUCUAGUGAUUGACAGUGAGGAGGAGGGGGUUCUGGUGAAGUCUCCCUUCUCUCCUCUAACCUUUGACCCUCGUAGCAGCGGGGACGACACCGCCCCAGACCUCACCUGCACACGCACACACUCUGCCUCCUCAGCCGGUGACCCCACCCCCACAAAGGAUAUGGGCGACCAGAAGAUCAGACACCGCUCCUACUCCUACUCCUCCCCCAAGAUCAGCCUGCUGCCCUCCCGCUUCUCCCGUGACACCUCAGCCCAGCCUGCGACAUCUGACCUCAGCCCAGAACGGAGAGAGUUCAGCCUAUCGAAGCAACCUCAAGAGAAAAGGGAGUUAAAGUUCCGUAAGCGUGCCCAGUCUGCAGACGAUGAGGGCAGCGUUGAGCUGGCAGAGUCCCUCCAACACCUCACCCUCUCAGAGUUCCUCAAAGAAAUUGAAGAAGAGGAGUGGGACAAGUACAACAUCCCUUCCAAGGUGGCGUCAGAGAAAUACAAAGUGAUUCGUACCUUCAGCUUCCUCAAGAGCCGGAUGUCGAGCACACGCAACAAGAACAAGGGGAAGGAGAAGGAAAGGGAGAAGGAGGAGAGAGACAAGGACAGGCAGCAGAAUGGACAUCGCUUCUCCACGGGGUCCUGUGCUGGACCCACGGUCUGUCUGGUCUGUGACAAACCUGCUACUGGCAAGGAACUUCUGCACUGCUCCAGUUGUACACUCAUGGUCCAUAAGGGUUGUAAUGACUUUGCUCCCCCGUGUCUAAACAAACUUGUGAAGAACCGAACGGCAUCCCUCCCGCAGAUGCGAGACAGUCCCUCUUCAUGUCUGAUCGCCACCUCAGCCUCUCUACCUAUGAUGAGCCAGAGGGACAGGAGGGAAACAGCCUCCCUCCCCAACCCCCUCUCCAGUAUCGUCCCCUCUUCCACUGACAGCAGGCUUAGCGAGAGUCCGGAAGUGGUGUCUGACAGGAGAUGGAGUCCUGGCCGAUCAGAGGAGCUCCUACAGACCACGGAGUCAUCCUCCUCCACUGACUCCUCCCUCGGAGAAGACUGUGUGGACACCGGUCUCCACAGCGACCUGGCUGCUGAUGCUCUGGACUACGAGGCUGAGUCUUGGAGUCUGACAGUGGAACACAAGUUUUGUAAGAAGCAGGACAAACGGGUGGUCAAGAGACAGGACGUCAUCUAUGAGUUGAUGCAGACAGAGAUGCACCACCUCCAGACUCUGUGCAUCAUGGCUGAGGUCUUCCGGCGAGGGAUGAGGGAGGAGGUCCAGCUGGAUGCGGGCGCAGUGGGGCGUGUCUUCCCCUGUUUGGACGAACUCCUCCUCCUCCACCACGACCUCUUCAACUCCAUGAGGGAACGCCGCCACAGCUCCGCCCAGCCAUACGGGAACAGGAGCUACGUCAUAGAACGCAUCGGAGACUUUCUGCUGCAACAGUUUUCUGAAGAGAACGCAGACAGGAUGAAACAGGUGUAUGGAGACUUUUGCAGCCAUCACACUGAGGCAGUCACCUUCUUCAAAGAGCUACAGCAAAACAACAAACGAUUUCAGACCUUCAUCAAGCAACAAAGUAAUAACUAUUUGGUGCGGAGGAGAGAGAUCCCAGAAUGCAUCUUGUUGGUGACCCAGAGGAUAACUAAGUACCCUGUUCUGUUGGAGAGGAUUCUACAGUACACCCAGGAGGACAGUGAGGAGCACAGGGACCUCUCCAGAGCUCUGGUUUUGAUCAAGGAGGUGAUCGCGGCUGUAGACCUGAGGGUCAGUGAAUUUGAGCAGGGUCAGAGGUUACAGGACGUCCUAAACCGGAUGGACAACCGUAGUGCUGCCAAACUGAAGAACGGACACACCUUUAGGAAGCAGGAUGUUCUGGUGCCAGGCCGGACCCUCAAACACCAGGGCCUGUUACUGUGGAAGACCGCCACCGGACGACUCAAAGAUGUCCUGGCUCUCCUUCUCACCGACACACUGAUCUUCCUACAGGAGAAAGACCAGAAGUUCAUAUUCGCUGCUGUGGACCAGAAGCCCCCAGUAAUCUCUCUGCAGAAGCUGAUUGUCAGGGAGGUAGCCAAUGAGGAGAGAGGGAUGUUUCUGAUCAGUGCAUCGGCCGCGGGUCCAGAGAUGUACGAGGUCCACACCUCCUCGAAAGACGAACGCAACACCUGGAUGAGACACAUCCGAGAGGCUGUGGAGAGCUGUCCAGAGGAUGAGGAGGAGAACACUAGCGAAUCAGAGGAGGAGAGAAGAGCAUCUGAAGCCAGAGCCCAGAAGAUACAAAGACUACAGGAGAACCUGUCCAGUCAGGACCAUCAGAUAUGUUCUACUCUGGAGGAGAAGCUACAGAUCUAUGCUGAUCUGUCUGCUCUGAGGGGCGGCACCCAGGAACAGCACCCUGAGCCACGCUUACUGGUCCAGCCACACCCAGAGGAGGUGCCCCGGGCUGCAGUACUGCUCACUGCCGCGCUCCGAGAGGCUGAGAACCUGAGGACCACUCUGUCCUCCAGGACCUGUUCUCCCUCCAGCCUCUGCAGCCCUCACAGGGACCCCCUGUCCCACCCUGUGUCCUCAGCCAACCCUCCUACCCCCAUGGACAACCCCACAGACGGCGAAGCCUCACCUGGGGACCCUGAUACCAGGGACAGAGAGUGGUCAGCCUCCCAGGGCCUCAUACUACAGUCCCUGACUCAAUCCCACACUGGGGACACUAAUAAUAUCAACCUUAAAGUGGCUCAGAGUGUCCAGAGCUUGACCCAGUUACUCUACAGUCUGCAGGCAGCGGUAACCAUCCAAGACAGUUUCUACGAGGUACAGAAGCUCCUCCUCCGUGAAAGUGACCGCUCCGGCCCCUGCCCGCCGAGGCCACACCCCCCGUGUCUCCAGGAGCAGGAGAAGUAUCGUAACCAGGAGAAGCGCCGUGAGGAGGUGGCGGCAGCGGUGCGGUUACAGGGUCAGCUGCGCCAGGAGAGGCAGCGGUGGGAGAGGGAGUGCCAGCUGCGCCACAGCCAACAGGGGGAGCUGGAGAGCAGGCUAGAGGAGAGGGAGAGACAGUGUCACCUGGAGGCUGAGAGGCUGAAGCAGGAGUGGGAAGAGCUCGAAGAGCAGCUGGGAGAGUACCAGCAGAGCCUGGAGAGGCUGAGGGAGGGCCAGAGAAGCGUGGGGAAGGACAGGGAGAGGCUGGAGACCCAGCAGAAGCUGCUGCAGAGCUGGAGACACAGCCGACAGAGGAGCCUGCCUGUCAUGGUCAUACCGCUGGAUGGUCAUCAGGACUCACUUCCUGGUCAGUCCGGCGUCCAUCUUGACAACGCCGGCUCAGUGUUUGUCAACGAGGCAGCGUUCACCACGUCGAAGGUGCUUAAUAACCGCCACAUGCACCACCACAUACAGCAGCACCAGAGAGGUGGGACCCUGAGGUACAGAGAUGACCCUCGAGCCCACAACAGCCUGAACACCAUACUGGCCCUCUCCAGCCAGAGACACACGCUCCUCCCUGACACAAACACACCCCAGUGCUGGGCGGGGGGUGCCGGUGUCACUGGGUACCUCUACACAACCUCAGGUGGACAGGGGACAGAGCACACACCCAACGAUAUAAACACACACAGCUAUGUGAGGGAGACGUGGUCCUCGACGGCAACUGUGGCUGGACAGUAUCAGGGUGCACCUCACCAUGGCGACCACCAACUGGUCCUCUCCUCCUUGGUCCCCCUGGAGACGGAGAGUGGGGAUGGGGAGGAGGGGGGAGAGGAGAACAUUGUGUACCUCUGAGGCUGGACAGACAGACCUUAAACCCUUUGGUUCAAAUCCAGGACUCAAAAGACUUGAUAUGGAUUUAGGAAGGCUCAGAAUCACAGACUGGAUUGACUUUGAUGGCUCAGACUGGACAGUAAAUAGCUAGGCCAGGUUUUAAGAAGAACCAGAUCUGGCACAUAUAAAGUAAUCUCCCUUCCCCAUCAUGCUUUGCCCCUCUGCCCUCCCUGUUCUGUGCCAGGUGCCCUCCAUAUGUGUCUCCAAGUGUUGCCUAUGAGAGAGACUUUUAUACUGCUAUAUGUUUAUACUUGUCCAUGAAUGUACAGUGUGUGUGUAUCCGUCUCUGUUUAGAGUUCAGCUCCAGGGCUGCCACCAGGCCUUUGUGCCUGAGGCCCUCCAUUGACAUAAUCAAUUUCUCUGUUUCCCCUGCCCAACCCUACUGCAGUGACUUCCCCCUUUUUCCUCACCCCAGUAUCAGUCUCCAUCUCUCUGUUUCCCUGGCCCACAGUGCCCUAAGUCUGCUUCAGUCUACCUCUCUCUGUCCCUCCCUUGUCCUUUAGUCCCCAUCUGUCAAGCGCUAUUUAUUAGGCUCACCCCAAAUGAAAUGGUGCCUACUCUGUUACCACAGGGGAAAAAGAGAGAGCAGAGGGUCAGAUAUCACUGGAAAGGCUGAAUCUCUACAGUCGGUCUGUGGUUGCUUGUCUAGUGGCGGAAUAAACUGCUGCUCGCCCAUUCAUCAGACAAGCUCUAUUUACAAGGCGAGCGGGAUGCGGCAUACACAUUAGAUGUGAAGGAUGAGGUGAAAUGCCAUGAUCAGAAGGGAUUUGGUGUGUUUCUUAGCCUGUCUGGCUACGCCUUUGUUUUCAUCUGAAGGACUUGUGAUUUUAAGGAAUAAUGUUGUGACUAUAGCAAUCCAUCAAUGAUACAGUAGUGUACACUGCACUACUACCGCCUAUAUGAUGAAGUACAGAUUUUAUUAGGGUCAACUGCAUAUCGGGGUCAAAAACCAUAGGGCAGAAGCAUUCCUAUACUGUAUGUUCAAUGAACUUUGAAGUAUUACAUCUGUGACAGAGUGCACUCUAUAUGUAAACAAUACUUUGGAUGUGAAUGAUACCAAAUAUGUCCAUUUUCUUUAUUUUCUUUAAAUUGUUUUUUUUAUGAUUCUUUAAUUAUUAUUAUUUUUUUUACAUUGUUUUCAUCAAGGCACAUAUUUCAUAGCAUGUUGUUUCUUGUACUUGGUGUUCAGUCAUUUAGGAAUUUGUCUGACAUAUAGUUACUAUAUUAGCAAAGUCUAUGUGUCAGUAGUAGUUGGGAAGUCAGCCUGGUAUCAGUUUAUAUGCACCACAUUGUGAUGCCUCACAUCUUUUUAGCAAAAGCAUCACAAUGUGAUGCACGGCAAUGAUAUUGUAAUGGGGUAGUAAGCUAUGGUUGAAGGGUGACUGAUGAAAUUAAUCUUGUACGCACUUAAGAGGUGACCUUGCUUUUUUUUUUUACUAAGAGCUGUACCAUUGCACUUGAAUAUUCAUGUUCUACUUUAGUGCCAAUAUGUUUUGUUUUUUAAUGACCAUUGAGAUGUCCUGAAAGACAGCCUUUAGCUGUCCUGCAGCCACCAUUAAAGCUAAAAGACAUUGUA